UGGAACUAUCUUUUGAGUGCGGCAAGUUGUAGCGGGCACCGCUGACCGUGUUUCCCUUUGGGGCACCUCUUUAUCUAGAAGCUGAGUUUAGUUUCUUCAGAAAUGAGCCACUUCGCCCCCCUACCCCAUCCUCUUGAAUAAGGAAACAGCCGCCAAGCAUCAGCGGAGCCCCGACGAGCCGGGGCCGCGGAGCCGCUUAAGCAGUCUCCCGGGACCCAGCUCCGGAGGAGCCGCAAGCAUGCACCCUGGGUUGUGGCUUCUCCUGGUUACGUUGUGCCUGACCGAGGAACUGGCAGGAGCGGGAGAGAAGAAGCCCUAUGGCAAGCCAUGUGGAGGCCAAGACUGCAUUGGGGGCUGUAAGUGCUCUCCUGAGAAAGGAGCCCGAGGGCGACCAGGACCAAUUGGAAUUCAAGGUCCAGUGGGUCCUCAAGGAUUUCCUGGCCCUAGUGGUUUAUCAGGGUUGAAAGGAGAAAGGGGCUCCCCAGGACCUCUGGGACCGUAUGGACCAAAAGGAGAUAAGGGUCCCAUGGGAGUUCCUGGCUUUCUUGGCAUCAAUGGGAUUCCGGGCCACCCUGGACAGCCAGGGCCCAGAGGCCCACCUGGCCUGGAUGGCUGUAAUGGAACUCAAGGAGCUGUUGGAUUUCCAGGCCCCGAUGGCUAUCCCGGGCUUCUCGGACCACCCGGGCUUCCUGGUCAGAAAGGCUCUAAAGGUGAACCUAUCCUUGCCCAAGGUAGUUUCAAAGGAAUGAAGGGGGAGCCUGGGCUGCCCGGACUGGUUGGAAUCACUGGCCCACAAGGAGCACCCGGAUCUCCAGGAGCUGUGGGACCCAUAGGACCACCAGGAUUGCAAGGUCCUCCAGGCCCCCCUGGUUUCCCUGGUCCUGAUGGGAAUAUGGGGUUAGGUUUCCAAGGAGAGAAAGGAGUCAAGGGGGAUGUUGGCCUGCCUGGCCCUGCAGGACCCCCACCAUCUACUGGGGAACUGGAAUUCAUGGGAUUUCCCAAAGGGAAGAAAGGAUCCAAGGGUGAACCAGGGCUUCAGGGCUUCCCAGGAAUAAGUGGUCCUCCAGGUCUCCCGGGAUUUGGAAUUGCUGGAGAAAAAGGAGAAAAGGGAAUCCCUGGUUUGCCGGGACCUAGGGGUCCCGUGGGUUUAGAAGGAGUCCAAGGCCCUCCAGGGAGUCAGGGCAAGAAGGGGUCUUCAGGUUUCCCCGGACUUAAUGGAUUCCCAGGAAUUAAGGGUGAAAAGGGUGACAUUGGCCUGCCAGGCCCAGAUGUUUUCAUCGAUACAGAUGGUGCUGUGAUCUCAGGUUAUCCUGGAGACCCCGGUAUGCCAGGCCUCCCAGGCCUUAAAGGAGAUGAAGGCAUCCAGGGCCUGCCUGGCCCUCCUGGUGCUCCUGGAUUACCAGCUUUACCAGGUGGCCCCGGUGCUCUAGGGCUCCAGGGAGUUCCAGGCCUGAGGGGAGACCAAGGAAACCCCGGCCGCACCACAAUUGGGGCAGCUGGCCUCCCUGGCAGAGAUGGUUUGCCAGGCCUACCAGGCCCACCCGGUCCAGCAUUUGAGACGGGAACUCUACAGAGCACAGAGCCAGGGUUGCCUGGUCUCCGAGGAGAACGAGGUCCAAAAGGAAACCCAGGCCUCAAAGGAAUCAAAGGGGACUCAGGUUUUUGUGCUUGUGACGGUGGUGUCCCAAACAUUGGACCACCUGGGGAGCCAGGCCUGCCUGGGCCACCAGGUCUCCUGGGCCUUCCGGGCCUGAAAGGAACGAGAGGAGAUCCAGGCUCUGGGGGUGCACAGGGCCCAUCAGGGGAUCCAGGUGUAUUUGGGCCUCGAGGUCUGGCAGGCCCCAGAGGAAAGAAAGGGGAAGCGACUCUCAGUACGGGAUCAGGGUUGCCAGGAGAUCAGGGUGAUCCUGGUCCCCAGGGGCUCCCUGGUGAGACAGGAGCCCCAGGCAAGGACGGAGUACCAGGUUUACCAGGCCUGCCAGGCUUUCAGGGUGAUGGUGGACAGGGCUUCCCAGGUGAAAAGGGGUUACCAGGACUUCCUGGUGAAAAAGGCCGCACUGGUCCAAUUGGCCCCCCAGGAAUUGGGCUACCAGGAUCUUCUGGACCUCGUGGGCUUCCUGGAGAUAAAGGAGUAGAUGGAUUCCCAGGGCAACCAGGCCCCCCCGGGAUUCCAGGUGACUGCUGCUGCAGGGAGAAGGUUGGGCAAGGAGACUUAGACACAGAGGGAGGUAUCACCUUGCCUUGUAUUAUUCCUGGGCCAUACGGUCCAUCAGGAUUCCCAGGAGCUCCCGGAUUCCCAGGCCCUAACGGGGCCCGUGGCCUCCCUGGAACUCCAGGCCAGCCUGGAUUGCGUGGAAAUAAAGGAGAGCCCGGAAGUCCAGGAUUGGUUCACCUCCCUGAAUUGCCAGGAUUUCCUGGACCUCGUGGAGAGAAGGGCUUGCCUGGGUUUCCUGGGCUCCCUGGAAAAGAUGGCUUGCCUGGGAAAGUUGGCAGUCCCGGCUUACCAGGUCCCAAGGGAGCCCCUGGUGACAUCAUUGGUGCUGAAAACGGUGCUCCUGGGGAGCAAGGCCUGCAGGGACUGCCAGGGGGCAGAGGAUUUCCUGGAGACUCUGGCCUUACAGGACCCAAGGGUUUGCUUGGGAAGUCGGGCCUGCUCGGCCCCAAAGGUGAGCGGGGCAGCCCUGGAAUACCAGGCCGCGCAGGACAGCUAGGCCCCCGGGGGUCUGGUGGUCUAUUCGGCAUCAAGGGCAAACCCGGCCUCCCAGGAGCACCAGGCUUUCCAGGCACUUCAGGACAUCCUGGAAAGAAAGGUCCGAGAGGCGAUAUAGGUCCCCCUGCAGCAGCUGGAAAGAGAGGCCUGCCUGGGCUGAAAGGCCUUCCGGGAUCUCCAGGGCUAAUGGGCUUCCUGGGGAACUCCGGCUUGCCAGGGGCCACUGGACUGCCAGGCCUGCCAGGUCCGAAGGGUGAGAAGGGGUCUGUUGGACUGAUAGGUUUUCCAGGGAUUCCAGGUCUCCCUGGUAUUCCUGGUGCAAGUGGAUUAAAGGGAAUUCCUGGGUCGGCGGGAAGAGUCGGACCAUCUGGACAGGCUGGUAGCCCUGGUGUAAAAGGAGACAGAGGCGACCCGGGGCCAGUCGGAGUACCCAGCCCCAGACUUCCAGUGCUGAACCUCCACUUCACAGGAGACAAAGGCUCUCAGGGCUCAGCUGGAUCCAUCGGAUUUCCUGGGCCCAGAGGUGACAAAGGAGAGGCUGGCCGCCCCGGGCCACCAGGCUUGCCUGGAGCUCCUGGCUUCCCCAGCCUCAUCAAGGGACUUAGUGGGAGACCAGGCACCCCUGGCUCCACAGGACUGCGGGGCUUACCCGGCCUGAAGGGGUCCCCUGGAAUCACAGGUUUCCCAGGAAUACCAGGGGAAAGUGGUUCACAGGGUCUCAAUGGAGCUCCCGGGCUCCCAGGAGCAUCUGGUCUCCCAGGUUUAAAAGGAGAUCAAGGCCAGACACUUGGAAUUUCUGGUAGCCCAGGACCGAAGGGACAACCUGGGGAGCCUGGUUUCAAAGGUGUGAAAGGAAAAGAUGGACCAGUUGGUGAUGUGGGUUUCCCAGGAAACAAAGGUGAAGAUGGGAAAGUUGGUAUUUCUGGAGAUGUUGGCCUUCCUGCCUCCCUAGGACUCCCCGGGGUUGCAGGCAUGAGAGGAAAUCCAGGGCUUCCAGGUUCUUCAGGCCACCCAGGGGCAGCUGGGCCCCUGGGACCCCCUGGCCUAAUAGGAACCAAAGGUUUCCCUGGACUUCCUGGUUUACAUGGGCUGAAUGGGCUGCCAGGAACCAAGGGAACCCAUGGAACUCCAGGACCUAGUAUAACCGGUGUGCCUGGGCCAGCUGGCCUGCCUGGUCCCAAAGGAGAAAAAGGUUCUCUAGGAAUUGGCAUCGGAGCUCCAGGAAAGCCAGGCGUGAGAGGACCAAAAGGUAGCCGAGGUUUCCCAGGUCUCCAGGGCCCCGCUGGUCUCCCUGGUGCCCCAGGCCUCUCCUUGCCCUCAGUCAUAGCAGGACAGCCUGGCGACGCUGGGCGACCAGGCCUAGAUGGAGAACGAGGCCGCCCAGGCCCCCCGGGGCCCCCAGGCCCCCCUGGGCCAUCCUCGGAUCAAGGCGACCCGGGAGACCCUGGCUUCCCUGGAGUUCCUGGCCCUCAAGGGCCCAAGGGAGACCAAGGAAUUCCAGGUUUCUCUGGCCUCCCUGGAGAGCUAGGACUGAAAGGCAUGAGAGGUGAGCCUGGCUUCAUGGGGACUCCAGGCAAAGUUGGGCCACCUGGAGACCCAGGACUUCCCGGGUUGAAGGGGAAGGCAGGGCCAAGAGGCUUAUCCGGCCCCCGAGGCGCUCCUGGACAAACACCAAUUGCAGAAGACAUCCAGGCUCCUCCUGGACCCAUGGGUCUAACAGGCAUCGAUGGCAUCCCUGGCCUCAUGGGGGACCCUGGGAUCCAAGGCCCUGGAGGCCUACAAGGCUUCAAAGGUUUACCUGGCAUCCCCGGCAAAGAUGGCCCCAAUGGACUCCCUGGCCCACCUGGGGCUCUUGGUGACCCUGGUCUCCCUGGACUGCAAGGCCCUCCAGGAUUUGAAGGAGCUCCAGGGAACCCGGGCCCCUUCGGGAGGGCUGGAGUGCCUGGGCAGAGCGUGAGAGUGGGCUACACCUUGGUGAAGCACAGCCAGUCGGAACAGGUGCCCCUGUGCCCCGUCGGGAUGAGCCAGCUGUGGGUGGGUUAUAGCCUGCUGUUCGUGGAGGGGCAGGAGAAAGCCCACAACCAGGACCUGGGGUUUGCUGGCUCCUGCCUGCCCCGCUUCAGCACCAUGCCCUUCAUCUACUGCAACAUCAACGAAGUGUGCCACUAUGCCCGGCGCAACGAUAAAUCCUACUGGCUCUCCACCACCGCGCCCAUCCCCAUGAUGCCCGUCGGCCAGACGCAGAUUCCCCAGUACAUCAGCCGCUGCUCUGUGUGUGAGGCGCCCUCACAAGCCAUUGCUGUGCACAGCCAGGACAUCACCAUCCCGCAGUGCCCCCUGGGCUGGCGCAGCCUCUGGAUUGGGUACUCCUUCCUCAUGCACACGGCCGCCGGCGCUGAGGGCGGGGGCCAGUCCCUGGUCUCCCCUGGCUCCUGCCUAGAGGAUUUCCGAGCCACUCCUUUCAUCGAGUGCAGUGGUGCCCGGGGCACCUGCCACUACUUUGCCAACAAGUACAGCUUCUGGCUGACGACGGUGGAAGAGAGGCAGCAGUUUGGGGAGGAGCCCGUAUCUGAGACGCUGAAAGCCGGGCAGCUCCACACCCGGGUCAGCCGCUGCCAGGUGUGUAUGAAAAGCGUGUAGGGUGGCACCUGCCACUCUGCCCCUUGCCCUCCCCUGCCCCACACAACGGUCACCUCACAAACCUGAACGGUCUGAAGAAGGAAGGCCAAGCCCUUCUGCCCAUCUGUCAAGUUGUCCAUUGGAGUCUCGCUUGGGCUGGACCGCUGGACGCUGAUCACCUCCACCCUCAGGCCCCACGGUGAGCCCACCCUGCUGGGAGCUGCUGUCCCAUUUCGGUGCUACAGUUUGGUUUGGAUGUUUGUGUGACUCUUCGUGGCUACCUCAGAAAGACCUGCUGGGCCACCACUUUCUUAGAAUGCUAGCUUUCCUCACUCUCUUGAUCAGAAAGCUCUUCGUGAUAGCUAAGGAGUCAUUUCAUUAUGUCCAGAGGUCACCGCACAUCACUUGGCUUAAACCAGAACCCAGUGUUUCCACGUGAAAAAAAUUUCUCUGGCUCAACAUUAUGGAUGGCUCAAGCCUGCACAGGGCAAGCUCUCAACUCUUCCCGGAGACCCACUGUGUCUAGGCAGGCAGCAGAGCUGGAAUGAGGUGCCAGCCAGUGUCCCGGGGUGCGCUCUGACUGCUUCGAGAGUGAGCACGACUGGGCCCCAGAUUGCUUAGGGACGCUGGAAGACCAGCAGCCGAGAGGUGCUCAUUAACGUCACAUGGUCGUAGACAAAUCACUUCCUCCUUGCCGGCUCCCUCCCCAGCCACAGGCAGCAGACUUGGCCUGGUUCAGAGUAGAGCAGAGGAUGCACCCAAUGUGGUCAGACCCAUAAAGGGAAAUGAGAACCGCAGCCCUUUCUCCCGGGCCGGGGGGGAGAGGGGAGGAUGGGUAAGGAGGUGUGAGUUUUGCUUUUGACUCCAGGAACAAAAAGGAAAAUCCCUUGUCCCAAUUUCUCAGAAGCCCCUGUUUAUUCCAAAUGCCAUUCAGAUGUGUGCAGUGUGGCAAGUCGACACUGCAGUGUUGGUUCCUUUGCAUUUUGAGGCUGUGAGAGACUUUCCACUAAAAUGUCCAUCCAAUUGCUGUUUCACAGGUAGCCUGUUAAACCAUUUUGAUAUGUUUUUAAAGCCUCAUAAAAAUCUAGCACAGUCCUCUCUUUAGCAGUUAGCAGACCCAAAGCAAGCCUGAGUAGACUGUAAAGUAUAUUCUGUUUAGGGGGAUUUGUUUUAACCAUUUCCUUUAAUUAUCAGUUUCCCAGAACACUUAGCUAUGUUGACAUGAGGCAAUUCCUUCCAGGUGAUUCUGUUUCCUUAAAUAUUAUGUAAACUGUGCCAACACAGACAAAGCAUAAUCAGUAUAACCUGAACUAUUGUUACCUUCACCUCCUCAGUAAUAAGCAUGGUGUCAGCUUUGUACAUUGCAAAUAAAAGGAAUCCAAUAUGAACAUUUGA